AUGUCAAGAAGACGAACAAGGAGUGAUACUCGCCUGGUUGGGAAUACAGCGGAGUCGGAGUCAGUUGCAAGGGGACGUGAGCCGCUGUCGCCCCCGCAGUAUGUGACGCAGAGUCAAUUUAGCGCUUUGGAGACCCAGUUGGCAGCAAUGAUGGCACUCUUACAUGACCAGUCGCAGAGAGCCAUUGUCCCUCCAUUGAGCUCGACGGAAGUGACGAGCCAGCAAUCUCCUCAAGCGCCACUCGUGGUUGUCCCGCCCAUUUCUCUGCACGGGAGGGGGGGGGAGAUGUGGGAGCCCCAGAGAUCCAAGCUCAACAGCCCCCGCAAACUAUGCUUACUUCCAAGCAGUAAGAGAAAGAGGAAGACAGCCAUUGGGUUGAUGCAGGUCAUACAGGACAAGGACGAGUCAUUGCAGGAAUACUUAGCUAGGUUCAACCGGGCAACUCUCAGCAUAAGAGACCUGCAAAUGUCCGUAGUGGUUACCGCCUUGAUGAAUGGAACGCGAAAUCGGGCCUUUAAGAUGUCACUCUCCAAGAACCCCCCAGAAUCGAUGCAUGACUUAUUGAAGAAGGGGGACAAAUAUGUCGAUGCGGAGGAAGCAGAGAAGAUAACUAAAAAGCUCAGGGACGGAAGGGAGGCGGAAGUUCAUAAGCGAAAAACAUAUGACGAGCAAAGGCACACUGAUAAGAACAAGCCGAAGAAUGAACGUAUAAACAAGGGAUAUGCCCAAGACCGGACGGUCAAGCAGAAGCGAGAGAAGGUCAGGACACCCACCCCUUUGAACAUUCCACGUACAAAGUUAUUGAUGGAGAUACAGCACAUGAAAGAGCUCGAAUGGCCUAAACCGAUGCUAACUCCUUCCGACAAGAGAAAUCAAAGUAAAUAUUGCCAUUUUCAUAGAGAUCAAGGGCAUGAUACCGAAGAAUGCCUACAGUUAAAGGAAGAAAUUGAGCGCCUGCUAAGAAGGGGACUAUUGGCUAAGUAUGUGAAAAAUGACAAGGGCAAGCAAAGGCUCGAAGGUCUACCCCCACCAAGGGCAGGAGUGAUAAACAUGAUCAUCGAAGGAAUAGCAUCAGGCGGUGACUCAAAUUCGACUAGAAAGAGCUAUGCGCGUUCUGUAGGGGUCUGCUCUAUUCAGAAAAAAGCAAGAUUCAACCAGAGCAUUACUUUCGAUCAAGAGGACUUGAUUGAUGUAACGCACCCCCAUGAUGACGCCUUAGUAAUAGUAGGCGAUAUAGCGGAUUUUGACGUGAAAAGGUUGUUAGUCGACGGAGGAAGUGCGGCAAAUGUCCUCACCUGGGAUGCCUUCUUGGGUCUAAAAGUCCCCCAAGAGAAGUUGAAGAUGGUGACUACCCCUCUACAAGGCUUUGGAGGGGCAACAGUGAUACCGGAGGGGACUAUGGAACUUUCAGUCACGCUAGGGACAUACCCAGCAACAGUGGUCAUCGUGACUAAUUUCUUGGUUGUCAAGACCCCCAUGGCCUACAACGUUAUCUACGGCCGACCAUUACUAAAUGCAGCUAGUGCGGUCCCAUCGACCUACCAUCAAGUUAUGAAGUUUCCAACUAGUAGGGGAAUCGGGUGCGUGUGA